CAAGUGUAAAGUUUGGUGGAGGAGGGAUUAUGGUGCGGGGUUGUUUUUCAGCAGCUGGGCUUGGCUCCUUAGUUCCAGUGAAAGGAACUCUGAAUGCUUCAGCAUACCAAGACAUUUUGGACAAUUCCAUGCUCCCAACUUUGCGGGAACAGUUUGGAGCUGACCCCUUACUCUUCCAACAUGACUGUGCACCAGUGCACAAAGCAAGGUCCAUAAAGACAUGGAUGACAGAGUCUGGUGGGGAUGAAGUUGACUGGCCUGCACAGAGUCCUGACCUCAACCCGAUAGAACACCUAUAGGAUGAAUUAGAGUGGAGACUGAGAGCCAGGCCUUCUGGUCCAACAUCAUUGUGUGACCUCACAAAUGUGCUUCUGGAAGAAUGGUCAAGAAUUUACAUAAACACACUCCUAACCCUUGUGGACAGCCUUCCCAGAAAAGUUGAAGCUGUUAUAGCUGCAAAGGGUGGACCGACGUCAUAUUGAACCCUAUGGAUGAGGAAUGGGAUGUCACUUACAUUCAUAUGCGAGUCAAGGCAGGUGAGCGAAUACUUUUGUCAAUAUAGUGUACACAUUAUGGUAAUUUGGAAACAAAGGUCAACAUUAAAAGACAUAUUAUCUGGUUGCUUUAAAGACUUCCAUUCUGAACCUUCAGUACUUUCUUAUUCAAAGAAACUGGUCUCAGUUGUUCUUGUCGUCCCCCACUGCUAUGCUGAAAGAUAAUGAUUUAUCACCACAGACCUCUGACUAAUUUUCUACCUCACUUCUGUCAUGUUGAAUUAAUAAAACACAGAAAACACAUAUUUGUUGGUAAUUGUAAUGAUUAACAUUGUGUGGGUCUUUUCAGUUUAUGUCAGCUUACUUCACUUCGCUGCUACAGUAUUCAGCCUCUCGUUGCCCCGGGAAGGACGGAAAAAUGAAAUUCGACAGCAUACUUGCAGAAGUAAACGGAUUUGGAAAAUUCCAAAUCAGGCUAGUCUUGAUUCAGAUACUCGCUCGAGUCGCUCUGCCGUGUCACUUCCUGCUGAACAACUUCAUGGCAGCUGUUCCCUCUCACCACUGCAACAUCAGUGCUCUGGAUGAUGGAGGCAUCUUUAGAAAUUUAACUUUACCCCAGAAACUGGCUGUUGGUAUUCCAGCAGAGCAGGAUGGGACUCGGAGCUCAUGUCAGAUGUUUUCAAAGCCUCAGUAUCAAUAUCUGUCAGACUCAAACAGCAGUGAGGCUACAUCUCGUGUCCAGUGUCAGAAUGGAUGGGUGUAUGACAACAGCACCUUUAAAUCUACUAUCGCCACAGAGUGGGAUCUUGUGUGCAGCAGAAAAGGGAUGAACCGGGCAACCGCCACCAUUUUCUUCGCUGGUGUGAUGGCUGGAGCCCCUUUAUUUGGAUUUCUCAGUGACAGGUUUGGCCGACGGCCCCUUCUGCUGGUAUCGUACUUAUCGUGCUUGACGUUUGCAGUGCUGAGUGCAUUCUCCUCAUCGUAUAUAAUGUUUAUCAUCAUGAGAUUUUUUACGGGGCUGUCAAUCUCAGGAAUAAGUAUCAUCGCUAUUGUUUUAAAUGUUGAGUGGUUUAGCAUCGAUCACAGGACUUUCGCUGGUGUAAUCAUAAGCCUGGACUGGACACUCGGGAGCUUUUUUAUGGUUGCAAUAGCAUAUUGUGUCACUGAGUGGAGGAUGCUCAUUCUGGCUGUGAGCUCACCCCUGAUUUUGGCCACUAUUGCUUGGAGGUGGUUACCAGAGUCUGCUCGGUGGCUCGCAGCAAAUGGGAAGGCAGAUGCUGCUCAUCAUUACAUCAUGAAAUGUGCUGAGAUGAACAACACAACCAAGCGUAUGGCCAGCAUCACACCAAUGACGUUGUUGGAAUCUGCAGAAACUGAGACUGGAGAUAAAAAGUACACUUUUGUAGAUCUUUUCAGGACUCCAAAUAUUAGAAAACUUGCCAUUUGCUCAGGCAUAGUGUGGUAUGGAGUUGCAUUUACAUAUUAUGGGAUAAGUCUGAAUAUCAGUGGGUUUGGACUAAGCCCAUACCUCACACAAUUCAUAUUUGCAUCCACUGAAGUGCCAAUGAAAAUUGGUAUAUAUUUCUUCCUGGAGAAAGUUGGUAGAAGGUUUGGCCAGAUGACUGCCCUGCUGGGAACUGGUCUUUGUCUCUUCAUCAACAUGUUUGUUUCAAAAGAUCAGUCGGCAAUUCGUACCACUGUUGCAGUUCUUGGAAAAUCCAUGUCGGAGGCCUCAUUCACAAUCAUUUACCUCUACACUACUGAAUUCUAUCCAACAGUCGUACGUCAGAAUGGUUUGGGCUACACAUCGGUUUUAGCACGGCUGGGUGUGUCCAUUUCCCCACUCAUCAUGCUAUUGGAGGACGUGUGGCAUCUCCUCCCUGCAGUCAUCUACUGUGCAGCAGCAGUCUGCUCUGGUUUAGUGGCUUCACUUCUGCCCGAAACAUUAAACUCCCGCCUGCCAGAAUUCAUAGAGGACAUUGAGAAACCAAGGAAACAAUUAACAAGGAUGGAGGAGACUAAAUAAAAAUGACACUCAUUCACAAUGCAGCUGUGUUGAUGAAGAUGUUAAUGAAGAUGAGGUGAUUUUGACCUGGUAGUUUUUAUCAUGUUUUCAAAAUAAACAUGUGCACUUAAAGUGUGUUAACACAAUUUCUAGCUUUACUGGAAUGAGACAGUUCAUGGUGCUCUGAUGGGACUGGUUAUAUGAAGCAUUUUAUUAUCAUGUGUUGGAGAAUAAGCAGGUGGUGAGAAUAAACGGAUGUGGCUGGUGUCAUUUUUAGUUACUGCUACUAUAUAAAUAGUAUUGAAUUAAAUUGAAUUGCUUGUCCACCUGCUGGUAUCAACACAUUCUUAUGAAUAUAGCAGCCUAAUAACAAUAAACAAUGCUGUGUUUGAAUGACAGUUUCCUGAAUACCUUCUUAUAUUGUGUGAAUAAUCUUAUUAAAUGAAUGA